UCCUCCUCUCUUCUCAGGAGGAUCCUGCAGCAACAAAAAAAAGAAAAGAAAAGGAGGAGCUCAAGCAGAUACAAGCCUCACAAAAGGUGUGCAGGAUUUGCACAAGCAGACCCAAGACAUGGAGGAGAGAGAUUGUCCGUCUGGGAGUUAUUUUGUGCGCAGGGAGAUUCUGGAUGAGCUGCGUCUAGAUGAAGUGGCCCAAAAAGGGACUUGGUCCACUCAACCACCCCUGGGUGAACGGGUGAAGGAGUCCCUGAGGUGUUCAGUGCCCAGGCUGAAGAACACUGUGCAGAGCUGGGUGCCUGUUCUUGAAUGGCUGCCUAAAUACUCCAUCAGAGAAAAUGCUGUGGGAGACCUGAUCUCUGGCUGCAGUGUGGGCAUCAUGCGCCUGCCUCAGGGCAUGGCUUAUGCUCUUCUGGCUUCCUUACCGCCUGUGUUUGGCCUGUACACGUCUUUCUACCCCGUGCUGGUCUACUUCAUCUUUGGUACUUCCAGACACGUCUCCAUUGGUACGUCUUCCUUGAUAAGCAUCAUGAUUGGGAGUGCGACAGAAAGGCUGGCACCUGACAGUAACUUUAUCGUAAAUGGCACCAACAGCUCUGUGGACUUUGAUGCUCGGGACGCCUCCAGAGUACAGAUAGCAUGUUCCCUCACAGUCUUGACAGGAAUCUUACAGAUCGUUUUGGGUGUGAUCAGAUUUGGUUUCGUGGUCACCUACUUGUCUGAGCCACUGAUUCGUGCCUACACGACAGGAUCAGCGUGUCACGUGUGUGUGUCACAGCUCAAGUAUCUGUUUGGAGUCACGCCGGCUCGAUUCACCGGUCCUCUCUCCAUCAUCUAUACUAUGGUGGACAUUUGUCGCCUGCUGCCUCAGACUCAGGUGCCGGAGCUGGUCGUCAGCCUGGUGUCUCUCUUUGUUCUCAUCGUGGCCAAAGAAAUCAACGACUGCUACAAAAAGAAGCUGCCCAUUCCCAUCCCUAUAGAACUAAUAGUUAUCGUAGCAGUGACAAUCAUCAUCCACUUCUGUGAUCUGAGCACUAAACACAGCAUAGAUGUGGUUGGAAUGAUUCCCAGUGGGCUCAAUGCUCCCCAGGUUCCACAGGCCAGUUGGUUCUUAGAGGUGAUCAGUGAAGCCUUUGCUUUGGCCAUUGUGGGCUAUGCCAUCAACAUUUCCCUUGGCAAGACAUUUGCUCUCAAACAUGGCUACAAGGUGGACAGCAACCAGGAGCUGGUGGCUCUGGGUCUCAGUAACACCGUGGGCAGCUUUUUUCAGUGCUACUCUGUGACCUGCUCAUUGUCCCGCAGCUUCAUCCAAGAGAACACAGGGGGCAAGACACAAGUUGUGGGAGUGAUUUCAUCCGUCAUAGUGCUGAUCACAGUUUUGAAAAUAGGUGCUCUCUUUGAAGACCUCCCCAAGGCCGUUUUAUCUACGAUAGUGCUUGUGAAUUUGAAGGGAAUGUUCAAACAGGUCAUGGAUGUGCCAAUGCUCUGGAGGACCAACAAGGUUGAUCUGCUGGUGUGGCUGGUAACGUUUCUGUGCACCCUCCUGUUCAACUUAGACUUGGGUUUGGCCAUCUCCAUGGGCUUCUCCAUGCUCACCGUCAUCUUCAGAACGCAGCGACCCCGUUACUCUGUCUUAGGCCUGGUGUCAGGCACUGAGUUGUAUCUAGACACCGAGAGCUACAGGGAGGCUAAAGAGAUUCCAGGAAUCAAAAUCUUCCGUUCAUCUGCGACUAUCUACUAUACAAAUGCUGAGAUGUACUUGGAGGCCCUGCAAGAGAAGAGUGAAAUUGAUAUUGGGAAGCUGCUGACGGCAAAGAACAAGCGAAAGGAGGAGCUGAAGCACAAACAGGAGAAAGAGAAAAAGAAAGAGAACGCAGAGAAAAAAGCAGCCAGACACUUGACCAACGGUGCACACUACUUGAAAAAUGAAGAAAAAGCCUCUGAAAGACUAAAUGGACAGAGUCAAGUGAACGGCGCAGCCAUCUCCCUGACAGAAACCUCUGCAAAUGGGCUCAGUAAAGGAAACAUUAACUGGGCUUACCAGCACGACACGACCAUGGUGAACUCAGACUCAGAAGCAGGUUUCCGGGAUGACGACAGUCUCAAGCAGGCGUCGCACCGUGGCGACGAGGAGAAGGAGGGAAGGAGCAGUGGAACACGCACACACAGCAUCAUCCUGGACAUAUCGACCACCGGCUUUGUGGACACAGUGACGACGAACACGUUAAAAAAUAUCUUCAGGGACUUUGGGGAGGGUGACGUGGACGUUUAUCUCGCCGGCUGCCAAGCCUGUGUGGUGGAGCAGCUGGAAACUGCAGCUUUCUUCUCCGAGUUGAUCCCGAAGACCAAGUUGUUUGUCACGGUCCACGACGCGGUGAUUCACAUUCUCCAGAAGAAGCAGCAGAGGGACCUCAUGCUAGAUAUUUGCUGCAACACUCAGAUGUAACCAUCAGGGGUCAGACUUUCCCAGCUCUCACCACCUUCCUCCUUCUCCUCCUCUCUGGUUCCACUCCUCACCAUUGGUCUUCAUUGUCUCCUCCCCCUUUCAGUGGGGAAGAAUGCACCACCUUGACAUGGCGGCUGGUUGCCAUGGAAACACAGGGAGCCGUUGCUGUGACAACGGGCUUUUUAUGAUAUCUCCUAAUGAGAUCGCAGGCAAUACGUCAUUGCAGCUCUGUCUCUCGCGCUGUGGUGUGUGUGUGUGUGUGGGUGUGUGUGUGUGUGUGGGAGAAUGUAACAGACUAAAAGAAGUCUUUAUUUAUAGCCUGUGUGACAUAGUAGAGAGAGAGAGUGAAAGGGGCAGACAGACAGAUGAUGUGUUUGUGUCCACCUGCUGUGGAUUAUUGAGACAAUUAAAAAGCCCUCACCCCAAAUCAAAGCCAAUGUCUGCCGGCCUGAAUCAAUAAAAUGUAAAUAUUAGUCAUGAGCAGGGAAAGACUGUGCCCUCUGGGAGGGCUCCCUAAUCCUCACACUUACACCUAUUUUGCUCAGAACACCCACAAGAAAAGAGCUGAGCAGCAGAUAUGGUAUAAUCGGUGCAGCUACGUGGGUGUAUUUACAGUCAGCUGGGCUUUUUUCAUGCAUCUCAUUCUUCUGACAGCUCAUGCUCCCCUUUCCAUUUUAAGCUCCAUUCUUAUCUGAUGUAUUAUAGCUGUUUUUGUAUUUGGUGAAGUGUCUGCAGUGUCAUACCUGUAUAUGCUACAUGUUUAUAUGCCCAUCACCAACUUCAAACAUGUUGUUUUGUGACUUCGGUGUUUGAAAAUCACUGUUAGGAUUUACUCAAGUUACACAUACUGUAGUUACCAAAUGAGGCAAAACAGUAAAACAGCAACUCUUCUUCGUAUCACUGCAUGCAUAAAACGCUGAUUUUCUCGAUGGACUUCAAUGCAGGAAGCCGUGCAUACAUGUAUCCUGUUGGAAAAAGGCCAUAAUCGAACUGAUAAAAUAGUUUUGCUAAGUGGCUAAAAGGCUAAAAAUCUGUUUUUCUUCUCUAUCCCAUUGUGAUAAGUCACAUCUUGCAGAAGACAGAAGCUUAAUUAGACGGCUGAGAUCUCAGGUGUUGGUCGUGAAAAAGUAUCCCUAACCCUAACAGAAGGUAACCACAAGGCUUUACUUUCAUUGAGAGAACACUAUGGGCAAUUUUUUCUCUCCUUUGAUGUGUAGCUGUACAGUUAAAAUGUAUUCAUUUAACCUGGUUGUUACAUCUAUUUUUGUUUCUUUUUAAACUGCCCUGAUUGUUUGCUCUCUCCCGUAAGAAGAGGAGUGACCUACUAUAAAUGCCAGUGUCGCAAUGUUUCUGGUCUGGCCUGAACUUGCCUGUGCGUCUCGUUUGUUAGUCAUCAGGUCCACAAAAGCACCACUCCAACACAAACACUGUCAAGUAUUAACGAAUACGCAGCAUAUUCCCUUGUAACUGUUGCUGUGUUCACUGACACGUGACACUUCCAGGUAAUGGCUUUGUUAAUGUUUGACUGUGAGAACUUUCUUGGGACAUACAGAUGUAAUAAAAGUGUACCAAUGUCAUUUGCAUGUACCCGGUGUGUUUUAUGAAUAUGUAAAUAAAAGAAAAGCCCACAGAACUACAUCAGGAUCCAUCUUUAUCUGGCCGUUUAUUGCUUCUUUCCUUACAUGGCAUCAAAUUCUCUUUCACCCCCGUGCACAUCCCCGUCUCCUGCCUUUGCAAAAAAAAUCCACUCUUAAGAUUCUCUCUGCUUCAAUUUCGGUGUAAAUAUUGAUCAUCAUCCCCGCCAAAUAUUGUUAACACUAAUGCACAGACCCUACAAUACACUGGUUAGUUAAGUGGUGGGUUAGUCUUUUUCUUUUUUUCUUUUCUUUUUGUACAAAUGGAA